CAUCUCCGAGACAUGGAUUCAUCGCAAUCGAACGUUUUGACGACAUCGCAGCUGAACGAUUGUCUGUCUGCCUGCGGGUACAAAAGAAUCAAAGAGAGCCUAGCUUCUAUGAUUACCGACAAGAUCAACGCAUCAUUUAGUGAUCCUAAGGAGGCUUGCAUGUUCCUUGCUCAUCUUUUCCAUGAAAGCGGUGGCUUUCAGUAUCGUGAAGAAAAGACACACACAAACGCGCCGUACGGUUACUACUACGGCCGCGGGUAUAUUCAGCUGACCUGGGAGGAUAACUACCGUCAGGCGUCCAAGGCUUUGUUCGGAGAUGACCGUUUGGUGCAGAACCCGAAUCUGGUGUCUAAAGAUUCGACCACUUCUAUGAGGGUAUCGGUUUGGUUCUGGGAAAAGAAGGUGCGUCCCAAAGCGAAACCGUUCAACGACUUCUACCUUACCACCAAGGCCAUAAAUGGAGAAUUGGAAAAUAGUCGUAAUCAUCCGACUGCAAAACGUCGCUUCAAGUUGUAUUGCAAAAUACUAGAAGAGUUGGGCCAAGAUUCGUCCUCUUGUAGUGUAAUGUGAUUUGUUAUGCUGAUAUGCUGUUAUUUAGUUGCUGGAUACACAAUUAUUUCAAUAUGUUCAGACCAACGAUGAAAUUCAUAGCACAGUGGAUCGCAGAAUUAAAAGUUUUUUGCUCAAGUUCAAGGUUAAGGAAUUGAUCUAAAGAUUAUGUUUUUGAAUUAUUUGGAAACAAUAUGUGAUCGGUUUUUGUAGUUUGCAGAGAUAGUUAUUCCUUUUAGUUGAUUCCGACGAUAAUUGGUUCCAGUUUUUUAAUGUAUUUUCAUAUGUGAUGUUGAGUUUUAUUAAAAUGAA